GUGAAGGGUGAAUUAACAUUACAAAAAAUAGCAAUGGGUUGUUUUAAACAAAGCCGACACCUUGAUCUUUUUUACUUGUUGUAUUCUGUUAAAUAAUAUUUUUUUUUCACACACUAAAAGAAAAAAAAAAACUUUGUUUUGAUUUGAUGUUAGUAGAUUGAAAAGUUAAGAAGCUCUUUAUCUGUUUGUUAUAAAAAGAGAAAACAAGAUGAAAUCCUACAACACAAUGGGAAGCGUUUACCAAGCCCAUACUUCCAAAUCUUCUACUCCCAACAUAAUCGUAGACCUCAAAGUGAUCAUCCAUGAGACUGUCACCAUCCUCCCACCUCAACAAACCGAAAAACGGUCCAUGUUCUUAUCGAACAUCGACCAAGUUCUCAACUUUAACGUUGAAACGGUCCAUUUCUUCGUAGCACACCCUGAAUUCCCCCCAGAAUCGGUGGCAGAAAAGCUUAAAUCUGCUCUAAGUAAGGCGUUGGUGCCUUAUGAUUUCCUGGCAGGGAGGUUGAGGCUGAACCCUGAGUCGCAGCGGUUUGAGUUCGAUUGCAAUGGGGCCGGGGCUCAGUUCGUGGUGGGUUCGAGUGAGUUUGAGUUGGGUGAGAUUGGUGACUUGGUAUAUCCGAACCCUGGGUUCAGACAGUUGGUUCAAAAGAGCUAUGAUGACGUGGCUAUGCAUGAUCGACCCGUAUGCAUUUUGCAGUUGACAUCCUUCAAGUGUGGUGGAUUUGCAUUAGGAGUGGCAACAAAUCAUGCAACUUUUGAUGGCAUAAGCUUUAAAACAUUUCUUGAAAAUCUUGCUUCUUUAGCAGCUGGUAAACCACUCGCCACCGUUCCCUGCAACGACCGCUACCUCUUGGCUGCAAGAUCACCGCCACAGAUCCAGUUCGACCACCCGGAACUAGUCAAAAUCCCCACCGGAGUAGACCUCCCAAAGCCCACAGUUUUUGAUUGCCCUGAAGGUCAACUUAACUUCAAGAUCUUCAAUCUCACCUCAAAUGACAUAGCCCGUCUGAAAAAGAAAGCCAAAGAUGGGUGGUCGGGGGGCUCAAGCAAUGCCAAAAUCACAGGUUUCAAUGUGGUUGCAGCCCAUGUAUGGCGGUGCAAAGCUUUGUCAUCAGGGUCGGACUAUGACCCGGAAAGGGUAUCCACGGUUCUAUACGCUGUAGACAUCCGGUCAAGGUUGAACCUGCCAUCAUCAUUAGCUGGCAAUGCGGUUCUUAGUGCAUAUGCAUCGGCUCGUUGCAAAGAGAUUGAAGAAGCACCGUUGGUAAAACUAGUGGAACUAGUGACCCAAGGUACAAAUAGAAUGACGGGUGAGUAUGCUCAAUCGGUGAUUGAUUGGGGUGAGGUGAAUAAAGGAUUUCCAAAUGGGGAGUUUCUGAUAUCAUCAUGGUGGCGGUUAGGCUUUGCUGAUGUGGAAUACCCCUGGGGGAAACCCAGAUACAGUUGUCCCGUGGUUUAUCACAGGAAAGAUAUAAUAUUGCUAUUUCCAGACAUUGUUGGUUCAAGCGACAACAAUGAAGUCAAUGUGUUGGUGGCUUUGCCUAGCAAAGAAAUGGAAAAGUUUGAGGUCUUGUUUCAUAAGUUGUUGGCCUAAUCAUUAUGAAGCAUAAUAUAUAUAUUCAACUACUUAAGGUUUAUGUCUUUCAAGACAUAAGAAUAUAUAAUGAUUAUGAAGCAUAAUAUAUAUAUUCAACUACUUAAGGUUUAUGUCUUUCAAGACAUAAGAAUAUAUCUAUAUGUUUUAUACUAUUGAAAGAUGCUAUGGCCGGUGGUGGUGUUGUAUAUGGAUUUUGAAUUUCUUAUUUGAUGAUUCGUGAGUAAAA